CAUAAUAUAUAAGGCCAUGCAGGAGCCCAAAUAGCAGCAUAGUAUCUUCAGAGAUUCUACACAGAAAUCAACUGCAGAAGCUUCAACCAUCAUGAACGCCUUCCUGAUGUUAACCGUAAUUGGAGCCAGCAUCGUUCUGUCCGAUGCCGUGCAGCCUCUGGGUGCGGGUUACAACAGCCGCUGCGUGUGUCUGAGACUGGAGUCGCGGAUCAUCCCUCAGGAAAACCUACGCCGCGUGGAGAUCCUGCCCAGAGGCCCACACUGCAAGACCACUGAGGUGAUUGCUGGUUUAUCGAGUGGAGAGAGGAUCUGUCUGAACCCCAAGACACCAUGGGUUCAAAAACUCAUUCUGUUCAUUGAGAGAAGGGAGCGAGCAGCCAAGAAAGAGUAGAAGACGUUUAUGUUGUAACCUUUUGAUUUUCACUACUCAGGAGACUCACUAGAAGAGUUUAUUGCACUUGUAUGCUAGUUUUGCCAUCUCUGACAUCUUUUUUUCUCCUUGCAGAAUAAGAUUUCUGUUUGUUUUUCUUGUAUUCUGAGCCUCUCAUUAUGAUUAAUAUCUGUUUAUCCCAACAAUCAUUUCAAGACACUACACACCGACUUCUACU